GCGUGCGUGAUUUCUGAAGUGUUAGUUUAUAUGAAACCACCAAGCCGAGGCUUUGCACCUCCACACAGCAGUAUUGAUCCGGGACAGCGGGUCUGUGCAGCCGACGCCGUGCUUUGAUGACAUUCAUCAGCGUUAUUAGCCAGAGUUAAUUAGCCGGCUACUUCGGAGCAGCACGUCGUUGACGCGGGGGCCGCAUCAUCUGUGGACAAUGAGGAAGGUUGCUCUGCUGCUAAUUGUGCUGCUCGGCGUUGCACAUUUUGCGACUGUCAGCAGGUGUGAAGAUGAUGUUGCAGAAGACAAGGAGGAAGGUGAUGAUGAGGACAGUGAUGACGAGGAGGAGGAAGAUGAUGAUGACGACACAGAAGUGAAAGAAGAGAACGGGGUGCUGGUUCUUAACGACAAGAACUUUGACACCUUCAUGGAGGGCAAAGACACAGUUCUCAUUGAGUUCUAUGCCCCAUGGUGUGGCCAUUGCAAACAGUUUGCCCCAGAGUAUGAAAAAAUCGCUGAGACUCUGAAGGGGAAUGACCCUCCUAUACCUGUGGCCAAAGUGGAUGCAACAGUAGCCAGUGUGGUGGCCGGCAGGUUCGAAGUGUCGGGGUACCCCACCAUCAAGAUCCUAAAAAAUGGGCAGCCUGUGGAGUAUGACGGAGAUAGAACCGAGAAGGCCAUCGUGGAGCGGGUGAAAGAGGUGGCUCAGCCGGAUUGGAAACCUCCUCCUGAGGCGACGCUGGUGCUGACAAAGGACAACUUUGAUGACACUGUAAAUAAUGCAGACAUCAUCCUGGUGGAGUUCUACGCUCCUUGGUGCGGACACUGUAAGCGUUUGGCUCCGGAGUACGAGAAGGCAGCCAAGGAGUUGAGCCAGCGCACUCCUCCCAUCCCUCUGGCCAAGGUGGACGCCACAGAGGAGGGUGAGAUUGCCACGCGUUUUGGAGUCACUGGCUAUCCCACCCUCAAGAUCUUCAGGAAGGGCAAGGUGUUUGACUACAACGGACCCAGGGAGAAGUUCGGCAUUGUUGACUACAUGGGCGAGCAGGCAGGGCCUCCAUCCAAACAGGUUCAGGCAGGAAAACAGAUUCAGGAGCUCAUCAAGGACGGUGAUGAUGCUGUCAUUGUCGGUGUGUUCUCUGGCGAACAGGAUGCAGCUUAUGAGAUCUACAUUGAAGCCUGUAAUGCACUGAGGGAAGACUUCACCUUCCGUCACGCCUUCAGCGCUGAAGUGUCCAAGCUGCUCAAAGCUUCUCCUGGUCAGAUUGUCAUUGUUCAACCCGAGAAGUUCCGCUCCAAGUAUGAGCCAUCGUCACACACGCUCGAAGUCAAGGACUCGACGACGGUGUCAGAAGUGCAGGAGUUCUUCAAAAAACAUAUGAUUCCUCUGGUGGGACACAGAAAACCAAGCAAUGAUGGGAAACGUUACGCCAAGAGACCCCUGGUGGUUGUGUAUUAUGGAGUUGACUUCAGCUUUGACUACAGGAAAACUACGCAGUUCUGGAGGUCCAAGGUGCUCGAGGUGGCCAAAGACUUCCCUGAGUACACAUUUGCCAUCGCUGAUGAGGAGGAUUACGCGGAGGAGCUGAAGAGCCUGGGUCUGAGCGAGAGUGGAGAGGAAGUGAACGUGGGAAUCAUGGCAGAUGGAGGCAAGAAGUUUGCCAUGGAGCCCGAGGAGUUUGACUCUGAUGUGCUGAGUGACUUUGUUAAAGCCUUUAAGAAAGGAAAGCUGAAACCCAUCAUCAAGUCUCAGCCAGUUCCAAAGAACAACAAAGGACCAGUGAAGGUUGUGGUAGGAAAAACCUUCGACGAUAUUGUCAUGGACACCCAGAAGGAUGUCCUGAUCGAGUUUUACGCUCCCUGGUGUGGCCACUGUAAGAAGCUGGAGCCCGAUUAUGUGGCUCUGGGCAAGAAGUACAAGGGUGAGAAAAACCUGGUGAUCGCCAAGAUGGACGCCACAGCCAACGACGUUCCAAACGAGAGCUACAAAGUGGAAGGCUUCCCCACAAUAUACUUUGCCCCAAGCAACAGCAAGCAGAGCCCCAUCAAAUUUGAAGGUGGAGACAGAACAGUAGAAGGGUUUAGCAAGUUCUUGGAACAGCACGCCACAAAGCUAUCACAGAAGAGAGAUGAACUUUGAAACUUUCUCUCCCUAAAAAAAAAAAAAGUAGCUAAGAACUCUUACCGUGCUGUCCAGGCAGAGUCCCAGAGGACGCUGAGGAGGCCUCUGGGAAAGUGAAGGGAACGCAGUGGAUUAUAAACGGUGUUACUGAGUUGCUGUGAUGAUUUCAAGGUUCGAUCAUCAUUGUAGUUUCUGUUCAUUCCAAGAGAUUCCGCUUUCUUCUGUUUGUAAAAGCAUGUAAGCACUGUUUAAGAUGUAAGUCUUUUUAAAUAAAACUAAAAAUGAUGGCAGCCUUGUGGCCCAGCACUCAAA